AUGGAUCCCAAUAACCCCUUUUACUCAAUACUUUCUCAAAAUUGUAAUGAUUUAGAUGAGAAUUUCAUGAAUCAACCUCAAUUUCAACUUUUCCUACAAAGAUUGAGCAACACCUCUCUGCAAAAUCCUCCACAACAACAAAUACCUCCACAACUUGAAAUACCUCCACAAAUUCCAACUGAAAACACUGAUUACGAGCAAUCACCUCCUGUCUACCAAGGAAGUAACUCUCAGUACAAUGAUAGCCAAGAAGAAAAUGUGCCUGAGACACCUCAAUACCCUCCGUCGACUCAAAGAAUGCCGGUGGGUUCCAACCAACAACUCGCUAAAGCUAGUCGUAUUUGGUCAGUCGCAGAAGAUGAAGUUCUUAUUGGGCUAUAUUUAAAAUAUAGUGGAAAUGCGAUAGUGGGUACGGGCAUGAAAGCAGCUGAACUUUGGCGACAAAUAUCUGUGGCGUACGACAUGGUUCAAGCUAGGCAGCCAGAAAUCCUACCACCCAGAAAUGCGAAGAUUUUGGAGAACCGUUGGAGAAGGAUGGCGGCAAAUGUACUGUUAUGGACAAGUUGUUAUGAUGAAGCGGGUUCGUUAACUGGAAGUGGAUUCAACGAAGUUGAUCGAAUUCAAAAGGCCUCGAAGUUGUUCAAUAUAUCAUCCAAACCACCACACAAUUUUGUUUUCCCCCACGCUUGGGAAAUGAUAAAGAAUGACCCCAAGUGGAGGCCGAAACUCAGAUGGGCAUUGUCACUAAAGGAACGACAGGAUUGUCAACUGCGUUCGAAAGGGGACACCGAGGAUAGCAGUGGAAGUGGAAAGAGAUAA